UUACUGUGGUAGCAGGACGCAUGGCAUGCUCUUCGUAACUGGACACUCUCUCCCUCUCGCGAAGACACACGCUUUCGCUCACACGUACCUCACCUCUUCCCUCUCUCUCUCUCGUGUAUGUCUAGUCUAUAUACAUACAGUCUACAGACAUCUUCUUUUGGGUUGUACUUGGCUUGUUAGAGUACUGUGUAUAAUAAAGGAAUUGGCAGAAGGAAAGCAAUUCCCAUGUCUAUGGGGGACAAUAGGUUAUGGCUUUACUAUUGAACAAGAAGCCAGAGAACCCGACUUGAUCAUCAUGUAAUAUAUCUUCUUGUGAAGGAACUAUAUUUUAAUUUUUAACUUUUAUCUCCAAGACAGUUUAAGAAAAUUCCCUUGGAGUAUUUUGUAUCUAGAGUCUACAGUGGGCCAUGCUAGAAUGGAAUCGUCCUAGUUCUGGGAAAUCAAGAUGUGAUCUCUCUAUUUUGCAGAUCAAUCACAUACCAUGGAGAAGCCUAAUCCUAUCCCAGUUAGCAUCUCAGCAUCACCUAUUAAGGACUCCAUCCAACCAAAGAUUAAUAUGCAUGAUGAGAACAUAGAACCAGGGGUUGAUUUGAGACUUGCUCUGGGUGAUUCUAACCAGUGCACUCAAAGACAACUGAAAGAUGAAUCAGAUGCAGGUGCAGGUACAAAUGCUGGUUCAAGGAUAGACAUGACACUUGUGGCCUCUGAAUUAGUCUGGUCUCCACAUGAGGGUUUGAGUCUCAAAUGUGCUGAUUUUGGCUUUGCCAAUAAAAAGGGCUCUCUUAUGUGGGGUGCAGGACCAAGCAAUGUGGCUUUUUCGCUGCCUCAAAACAUUACGAGCGAGAGGUCCACUACUGGCAAACCAACAGAUGUGGAAGUCAUUACACAACAAGCAGCAUUUCAUGCAAACAGUAAACUUUCUGGUACAAAUACUAUAACUAGAUCCCCUGCAAAUGAUGCUGAUAUCAUGCUGGGAUGUGGACCAAAUCAUGUAGACGAGACAGGCAAGGUAAAUGGAAGGAAUUUUGAUUCUUUAUCUAUUAAAACGGAUGAACCUAAACCUGAUGUGAUGGUAAAUGAAUUGUUCACAGCGGAUCCUACUGGUGGAGGCAGAGAUCUUGGAAGUGAGCAAAUAUUGGGUAUGAAUAUUGUUUUGACCUCUGAUGUUCACCCUGGGGAUGAAUGCAAUGCUUCUGAAACUCCAGAUAAGAAUUUUAGGUCCCCAGGCAGAAGGCCUCUGGCAAAGCCAGAGCAAACUGCAGAGAAUGAAUUACAGACUCCAAUUUGUGAAAAUGAUUGUGGUGGAGCUGCUGAGAUGGUAGAAUCAGAAUUUGCUCCCAAAUUAGAAAACACUUUUAAGCAUUAUGGAGCAAUACGUCCUAGAAACAAAUAUUUUCCAAGUAACCUCUCCCCAACUAACAACAGAAUCUAUAGAAAUCAAAGGAAAGGUAAGGAAAAGGCUGUAUCUGAUGGAGAUGUUAAUGAAAGAUCAUCAAAGGAAGGAGAUGAUAGCCACGAGAGUGUUGAAAGCUGCAACAGUGCUGGGUUGCUAUCAAGUGGCAAGAAGAGGCAGAGCUUUGAUGAACACUUACUUGUUGGGAGUAAAAGAGUGAAAAAUCAAAUCCAAGAAACACCCAGUUCAGCACCCUAUAUUAGACAAGAUAGCUCCUUUAUGAAUUGGAUAUCAAACAUGAUGAAGGGCUUUUCGAAACCAAUUCAAACUGAAACAGCUUCUCCUGCUCUUGCUAUUGCACCUCCUGAUCUGGAUCUUCCUGAUCAGAAUCCCCUCACAUGCAACAAGAAUCAAGAUCCAGUGUUAAAAAAUAUUGGUUUCCGAUCAAUCUUUCAGUCUUUAUAUGGUCCAAAAAUGGAAGGAGAAACAUCAUUGAAUAGAGCACAUGAAAAGGGGGAAGGAUCUAAGGAACUUGAGCUGGCUAACAAGAUGUGUAUCAUUAAUACUACUCCAAUAGCCAUUCAGGGAGAUGGUGAUAACAUAUGCAAACGAUUUCUGCUUCCAAAUGAGAAGUUUGAGGAAUCAAUAUCUGGAAAUGGAGCAGCUUUGGCAACCCAGCCUAGAGUUUUUCCUGUGAAUUUUGCUCCCGGUCAGGAAAAUAGCAAGACCAUUUCCAGGGAGGAUAAAAAUUCAUGCAGAGUGGAAUCGAGUAAGGAGAAAAAUGUAAUAAGCUCCAAUUCAUCUCUGGGUAAAGAUAAGACUAAGAGUGGUGAGAAGAUUGCUUCUGAUGCACCAUCUGAAGGGAAGACCACAAACGAUUUUAGCUACAGAAAUGAUCCUAUGGGAAGCUUGUGGGUAACUAGGCUUUGUUCAAAAACUUGUCGCCCUGUACUAAACUUGGGUGAUCACAACCCGAGUAUUGGUGUAGGUCUUGACAGCUCCAGUGAUUGCAUAAGGCUUCUUCCUCGGGCAGGGAAUCAUAAGGGUUUUUCCAAAAACCACAAUGGUGUGGCAGUGAAGGAGAACUCAGUUGAAAACCCAAUGCUUGCUUUGGGUGAAGAAUCACAGAAGUGUCCUGCUGAUACCGAGGCUAUCAUUGGUUCUGAAAGGAUCAAAUGUCACAAUAGUCAGAACUCUGCGUAUAAACUGAACCUAAUUUUGCCUUCCCCAAAAUUUAGAAGUUCAGAGGCAAUGGCUUCAAUGUUUGCAAGAAGAUUGGACACCCUCAAGCACAGCAUACUAUCAAAUGUAACAGAUAAUGCAAGUCGAGAAACUACAACCUGUAUCUUUUGUGGCAUAAAAGGCCACUGUUUACAAGAGUGUUCUGCAAUAAAAGAAAGUGAGAUUGAAGAUCUUCUGAGGAAUGUCUAUACAUAUAACGGGACUGAAGAAUGGCCUUGUUUAUGCAUUAAAUGUUUCCAGCUCAAUCAUUGGGCUAUUGCAUGUCCCAGUGCUUCCUCAAAAGGGGAACAUCAAACAAAAGGCGGUGCUUCUUUGGUUGGUCCUAGCAAAAUGCAGCAUAACGAAAAUUUGAAGCUGCUAACUGGUUGGGAGAGACCAUUUCAAGAUUCUUGUGAUGGGAGUUAUCUUAGAAAACCAGAACAUGGUAACUGGAAACAGAAUGAAACAAUCACCCCUGAAAAAACUGGAAAUGCAAAUUCAUUGACGAAAUAUAUUGCUUCAAGUUUUGGGGGAAACUACUCAAAAGAACAAAAGAUCAUCCCUGUCAAUGGACAAGUUUCAGAUGUACCGAAAGGAAUCUUUGAUGCCAUAAAAAGCCUUCGUUUGUCACGCUCAGAUAUCCUAGAAUGGAUGAAUUCCCAUGCGUCUCUGUCACAUCUUGAUGGUUUUUUCUUGCGCCUGCGGCUUGGGAAGUGGGAAGAAGGACUGGGGGGAACUGGAUACCAUGUGGCCUGCAUAACUGGGAAGCAAAGAGAGAAUUCACCCGAGAAUGCCAAAUAUUCUGUGCGUGUAAAUGUAGGUGGAAUAAAAUGCUUGGUCGAGAGUCACUACAUCUCCAAUCAUGAUUUCCUUGAGGAUGAGCUCAUGGCAUGGUGGUGUGCAACCUCAAGGGACGGUGGCAAGAUCCCAUCUGAAGAAGAAUUAAGAGUGAAAUUCAAGAAAAAAAGAAUGUUAGGCUUUUAGGAAUCAAGUGAUCUCGGGAACCAUCUUUGUAAAGCCUCGGGCGAUUAAAAUUCUAGCCCACACGAAUACAGAGCGAGAAGCAAUUGACCAAAAACAAGCCUUGUAUUUUGUAUAUAAAAUUUUGGAAGUCCUUUCAUGUUUGCAUGCAUAAAGCACAUACGUGUAGCUGAAAUUAGGAUAUUCUAUUUUUUUUGCCAUCUUGAAUUGAUGAAGAAGAAAAAGAAUUUUGAUUUAUUUAA